UUUGAAAUCGAUGCUUGCCGACGCCGCGUGGAUCCUCCUGACGCUGCUGCUCGCCGUCGUGGUGCCAAUAUGCAUUGCGUACGUCGUGCUGUGCCCCAGCGACCACGGCUUCUCGUACGCGCGACUGCCAGGUCCACCGCCGUCGCACUGGCUCCUCGGCAACGCGCGCGACAUCUUUCAAGCCCGCUGGAACGAAGGCAGCUUCCCCGAGCCCGGCUUGUCGUGGCUCAAGCAGUACGGUUCAGCGUACCACGUUCGCAUCCUCUACAUCCAUCGCAUUGCGUUGGCCGACCCGGUCGCGCUCAAGCACGUGCUCGUCACCAAGGCCAAGGACUUUCCACGCAACAAUCUCUCGCGUGCGUUUAUCACUAAGCUCGUGCAGGGCGUCGGGCUCUUGAGCGCCGAAGGCGACGACCACAUGGCGAUGCGGCGCAUGAUGAACCCACACUUUUCCCACUCGAACCUCAAGAGCUUUGUGCCGCUGUUUGCCGCCCACACCCGCCGCCUCCUCUCGCAAUGGCGCACGGACAAGCUUGUGGAUACAAACGCGCCCGUCAACCUCUAUGCUUACUUUACCAAGCUCACGCUCGACAUUAUCGGGAUUUCGGCCUUUGGCUAUGACUUUGGCGCGAUUACUGGCACCGACGAGGCCGAGAGCAACGCGUACAAUGACGCCAAGCUACCUGCGACGCUUUUUUCGAUCCUCGGCACUGCGUAUGUCCCGGGAUGGCGCUACCUCCCGCUCCCUGGCUUUGCACGCCGGCGGGCUGCUCGGGAUACGCUCAUGGCCGUUGUGCUACGCGUGAUUGAAGCCAAAAUGGCGGCCCCGGCAGUCGAUCCCCCCCGCGACCUCCUCGAUCGGAUGUUGGCGGCGGGCCCCGACAUGUCGGCGACGGAGGCGCGUGCUCACGUGUUUACGUUUAUGCAAGCCGGGCACGAGACGACGAGCAACACGCUGUGCUGGGUCGUUGCGCUGCUCUCGCAGCACCCGGCAAUCGAGGCGGCAGUCCGCGCCGAGUGCCAAGCCGCGCUCCAGCAGUGUCCGGACGGCAGCUUCACGGCGGAUGGCCUGGCACACAUUCCGCUGCUGACGGCAGUGAUUCAGGAAACACUGCGGUACUACCCGACCGUCAUCAACCUCGCAGCGCGCGGCGUGACCAAGGACGAAGUCGUUCCGCUCUCGGAUGGCUCGCUGUUGCACGUGCCCAAGAGUGCAAAUCUGUGGGUGGACGUGGCUGCGAUCCACCGCAACCCGGCCUACUGGACGCGACCGGAUGAGUUUGUGCCAGACCGCUUUAUCGAAGGCACCGAGGUGCACGGCGCCGAUUUGCAUCUGCGCGGGGGCAAGGGCCACACGUUUUUCUACUUUCCAUUCAGCGCUGGCGAGAAGAAUUGCAUCGGCCACCGGUUUGCUUUGAUGGAGCUGCAGACGAUUCUUGUGCACGUGUUGGCCUCGGUUCGGUUUGCUGUGACACCCGCCGCCGUCUUGCACCCGAAGCGCCAACUCGCCACGAUCACGCCGGUGCUGCUCGAGACAACCAUCCAUUCGGUCUAAACGCUCCAGUUCGGACGCCGCGUUUUGAAAACAAGGGAGCCCGCGUGCAUGUCGAGAGCCAAUUACGCUAUAUAUAAGACUGGAGUCCUUAUUGCGAUACUGGUGG